UUUUAUGAUUCCCAUGGUGGGAUCUGACCACGUUUGACUUACUCGUACAUGGUUGGGUGGUGCAGUUUCUUUCGAGCGAUCCUACCUCCAACACUUAUCCAGCGCUUAUUAGUUUAAUUAUAUCAAGAAGAGGUGGAGGAAGAAUGAGCUUGACUAUGAGGAACACAGCGACAGCCAUUAUCCUGGCUUCCUCAGUGUUUUUCGUUUAUGGCCUCCCCGAUGGUGCACCCGUGGACACCUGCGUGAAACCAUCAAGACCCAACGAACCCCAUCACGGGACAGCGAGAUCACGUCCCGUUGAAACGAGCCCUUACUCCUUCACAGCAUCAUCGUCUCAAUAUGGUCCUGGCUCGCAAAUCACCGUGACUAUCAGUGGCGCACCGUUCAAAGGAUUCUUCAUUCAGGGACGCGAUCCCGAUACAAACAGCUGGAUUGGUUCCUGGGCUCAGACCGAGAACACUAACACCCACCCCGAAUGCAGUGCAGUGACACAUGCUGAUCCCGAGGUGAAACAACACGCGACGCUUAUUUGGAAUGCACCGCCGAAUGCACGAGGACGAGUAUAUUUCACUGGAACCAUUUUGAAGGAGUACGCAGAGUUCUGGUCCAACCUGGUAGCUACGACGGGUCACUGAAGAUAUUCCCUAAAUUGUUGCGAAUUGUCAACAAUCUGCGAACAUUGUGAUUUACGAGUGGGCAAGAGAAAAUUAUAGUAU